AUGGCAUCAUCGAUUCCGCCCAAGACAAGCCACCUCGAACGAACAGCAGCAGAGCCGCGCAAUCAGUUCUCUGCCGGCCAGUGGCUAGACGUCUUUUGUCCCGGCAUCCCCCGAGCCGGCGGCUUCACAAUCACAUCUCCACCAUCAUUGGCGGCAGCGACGGCACAAUCGCCGGGCUACCUGGAGCUGGCAGUACAGAAAUCCCCCGGCAACCCGCCAGCCGCCUGGCUCUGGCAGGAUCCAUCCUCGUCACUCCUGGACCAGCAUCUACAGGUCCGCGUCGGCGGAUCCUUUGUCUGGCCUCCUCCCGCGCUGCUCUCUACUACUGACAAUGAGAAUGAUGCUGCUACUACCACCAAGCCAGAGACCCGCCGCGUCGUCCUCGUCGCGGGCGGCGUGGGGAUUAAUCCCCUCAUGAGCAUGCUGAGCGCCAUGGCCGAGAAGGAGAACCAGGACGGCAGCGUCGACUUUCAAGUCCAGAUGCUCUACUCGAUGAAAGAUCCCGGUCCCGGAAGGCGGCAUGCGACAAAACUGUUGUUCCUCGAGCGCAUCGCCGAGAUAUUCGCGAGCGGUCGGGUCCAGGGUAAACUGCAAUUGUAUCUCACCGGGGCCGAAGGUGAUGGCUCGGUUGCCUGGAGAGGAGGUGAGAUAGCGUUUCGGGGCAGGAGGAUCACCAAGGAAGAUCUCCGGCAAGCAGUGGGUGAGGAUCCAGUGGAGAGAAAGAGCACAGUCGCCUAUGUCUGUGGUGUACCAAACAUGACGGACGAAUUUGUCAAGGAAUUGUCGAGUGAGGACGGCCUGGGAAUGGGGCCUGAGAGGGUAUUAUGCGAGAAGUGGUGGUAA